AUGGAUAUAUCGGAUCAAAUAGGGAGAGCAUUAGAAAAAUAUACUCCUAUCUUGCUCAAGAGAUUGAAUCAAACCCUGGAAGGAGCGGUGAAUGAUCACAUUGCUCAAAUGAUUAAAGAAGAAGUUGCAAUCAAUGUGCAACGGGAAUUUGAGAAGCGUGAUGCCAAAGAUAAAGGCAAGAAAACUGAAGAUGAAAAGGAGGUGGAAGUUACAGGGGAAAGAACAUACAAGAAAAAGUUCACUUUUCGGGAUUUUGAGGUAUGUCACCCACCCGAGUAUCACGGUGAUCGGGAUCCUAUUGUUUGUACUCGGUGGAUCUCAGAAAUUGAAAGGGCAUUCCGUACUAGCCAAUGUCCCUCACAUUUGAAGGUGAUCUUUGCGGUUGGUAUGUUAAGGAAUAGUGGAAAGAGGUGGCGGGAUGGAUUGUUGGCUAUUAAGAAGAGGGCAAUAGAUGAUGUCGAGUGGCCCGAAUUUAAAAACAUGUUUUUCAAAGAAUUUCGGUCGGAGGCCGAGGUAACUAAAUUGAGGAGUGAAUUCCUCAAUGAUUGUCAAGGCAACAUGACCUUGAAUGAAUUCCGAGCUCAAUUCUUGGACAAGGCUCAAUUUUGUCCAGAAUUCCUUGAAAACGACCAGUUGCUCAAAGAGCAAUUUUACUUGAAGUUGAGGAAGAAUCUCCGGGAGAAAAUUUGUUUGCACCAAAUGGAGUCUUUCUCCAUGUUGGCGGAUGUGGCCCAGGAUCAUGAGAUUGAGAUGUCAAGAGUUGAUGAAGGUGUUUUGAAAAGAAGGUAUGAAGAUGUAAAUUCUCCAAGCAAGCGGCCUAGACAAGAAGGUAGUCCCGGGAACCACUCUAAUAAAAGAAAUGUCCCAUUUUGUCGCCAAUGCAAGAAGAAUCAUCCGGGGGUUUGUAGACCGGCGGACAAGGGUUGUUACACUUGUGGGAAGCCGGGAAUGUAG